GGCGUUCCGAACAUCCCGCUUUACUCAUCCAUCUAUGCAGCCUGAAUAUAUAACUCCUACCUCGUGAUAAGUAAUGCCUAGGUCUCUGUGGCACAUGCACGUCAUAUCAUGGAUCCUAUAAGAACUUGUGAUUAUCCAUCCCGGCCCACUGCCAAGUUCAACUCGAAUUUCUCAAGUCGUCUUGUCACUUACACCUCGAGCAAAUAUGGCUGUUCCACCUAUCCCACACAUUCCUGAUGAACUACAGAAGGGUGUCAGUGUCGUCGUCGAGACGAAGUAUGGUCCCAUCAAGGGUGGCAGAACUACGAACGGCGCUUCAGUGUUCUUAGAGGUUCCCUUCGCCUUGCCACCCGUUCGCUUUCAGGACCCAAAGCCACUACCUCCUGAUUAUCGAUAUGAAGACAAGGACUACAUUUAUGAGACUAAGCACUGUGCUCAGCCUUCGAAUGAUGGACAGGGUGCUGGGACAGCACCAGCUGAUCGUAAGGGCUACGGAGAGCCGUCAGAGGACCCCCUCUUUGUCAAUAUUGCAUGCCAUUCAUCAUCAAAACCUGGGGCAAAUAUUCCUGUCAAGGUUUACAUUCAUGGAGGAUUUCUUCAGUUUGGUUCACCUCAUGGCUUGAGCUCCCAGUCACAAUAUGUGGCCGAGGCAAGGAAGGAAAUUCAUGUGAACAUCGGCUAUAGGAUCUCGGUACUUGGUUUCCUUGCGUGCGACGAGCCCAAGGUAGACGGAAACUUUGGCUUUAAAGAUCAAUGGUUAGCGCUUCUGUGGAUUUCGGAGAACAUUGCAUCAUUUGGAGGUGAUCCAAACAAUAUUCAACUUUCUGGGCUGUCUGCCGGUGCCCAUGCUUUACACCAAAUCUUGCACCACCUUUCACACCUGCCACCAGGGCAGAACUCUCCGUUCCGCUCCGCCCAUUUGCAAUCAAACGCAAUGAUGACUAUCCCUAAAACCCCGUUGGAGCUGAGGCAAUCCUUCCAAGCCCUUUGCCGCGCCCUCAAUCUCGAUCCUAAUGCCCCUGACAUUUUGGAGACUCUGAGAGACCCUGCCAAAGUUCCUAUCAAAGCUAUGAUGAAGGUAAUAGAGACAGACGAAGUCGGUGUAGAGCACGGCACGUACCGAGGAUGUUUUGAUGGCAAUUGGAUCCCUACCACACCCGAUCCAAUGACCUGGCAACGGUCGGGAGGCCUUGCUCGUGCUCUGCGCGAGAAAGGAGUCAAGAGCAUUUCUAUUGGCGAUCUGAGCGAGGAGUGGUACCUUUACGCGAUCGCGCACCCGGUUCAAGGUCCACAGGAUGUGUUCCCCAACAUCUUGCGGUACUUCCCACGUCCCGUCGUUGAGAAGCUCGUGAAGAAGUAUCGGACGCUUUCAAGUACAGCAACUGUCGAAGAAUCGAUGAGGCUCAUGGGAGAUAUUCUAAGUGACGGACAAGUGCACAUCCCCGUAAGGAUGUUUGCAAGAGAUUUCCAACAGGCGGGGUUCCCAAUUCUCAGAUAUACGAUUCGCUGGACUCCAGAACAACUGCGUCCAAAAGGGUGGGUCACGCAUGCAACUGACCGUUGCUUCUGGGCUCUCCGUAUCCCGAGCAUGAAUUAUCCACAGACGAAGAAGGCGAUUGAAUGGCUUGACGCAUUCGACAAGGAGAUCGCCGCCCUCGAGCAACAGGGCAAGCCAAUGCAUGAACUUGAUGAAGCUCUGACUAUGCAGGAGGACCAAAGCAUCGUGUGGGCAGAAGACAAGAGAUGGGCCGAGUUAAUGAACGUUGCAAAGAUCUUACCUGGUGAAUCUUAAACAUUGUUGAAUUUUCGCAUUCGUGUAAUCUAGGAAUGUUGAUGACCUUUGAGCAAUA